AUGUGGGUUGUCCUAGGAAAUGCAAUUUCAGCCUCCAAGCUGCUCAAUUUGCAAACCCCAGAAAAAGCAGACUCCGUUUUGGCCCUUCUGAGAAGCCAUGGAUUCUCCCAACUCCAGAUCUCGAAAGAAAACCCUUUUGACAAGGCUCAAGUUUUUCGCCUCGGUUGGAGUCUCAAGGGAGGACCUUGCAAGAACUGCGGCCGCCAAUCCCUGUCUUUUGGCAGUAGCUUGGAGAAGCGGAUUGUGCCCACUUACAAUUUCCUCAGGAGUUUGCUUUCUGAGAAGAAUGUUAUUGGUGUUUUCAAGCGCCGGUCGUGGAUAUUCUUGGUUGAUCACUGCAAGGAUGUGGUCCCAAAUAUUGGGCUUUUAAGAGAACUAGGUAUGCCUCAACCAUCCAUUUCUCUGUUGCUAGCUCAUUACACUCAUGUUGCGAUGAACAAGCAUAAAAGGUUCGGAAAAAUUGUGGGUGAGGUUAAGGAAAUGGGAUUUAGUCUCCGAACUUCUACUUUUGUGUUUGCACUGCAUACAUUGUGUGGUAAGAGUAGUAAGUUGAUAUGGAAACGUAGUCGCAAGAUUUUUAUGAGUUGGGGUUGGUCUGAGGAUGAUUUUCUCUCCGCUUUCAGGAAGAAUCCAGAGUUUACGAUUGUGUCAGAGAAGAAACUAGUGCAGGUGAUGGACUUUUUAGUGAACAAGAUGGGAUGGGCAUCCGGAAUGAUUGCAAGGUAUCCGUGGGUUAUGCGUCACAGUUUGGAGAAGAGCAUAAGGCCACGAAGUUUGGUUGUUAAGGUUUUGCGGUUGAAAGGAUUGAUAGAUGAAAAUUUGAGCUUGGGUUAUGUGAUGCACCCUCAGGAUAGGCUCCUCGUGGAGAGGUUCGUGACCAAAUUUCAAAUUGAGGUGCCUCAGUUGUGGAAUGUGUAUCACGAGGUAACUGGAACUGUCUUCACGAAAGAGGAGGACAGAGUUGGGUUGGGCAGGAAAGGUCUCUGA